AAGAAGCGGAUUGUUGCCGAGGACGCGCUGAGCUGUCAGAGAUAACGCUGCUCAGCCUGCUGCUCUCACCUGGACUUUCGCUAGCAUGGACUUAACCGAGGAUAGCGCCGCGGAACUGAUCCUGUGCUGACCCGCUUCUCCCCUCCGCCGCUGACGCCCUUCUGUUGUAUCUCUGACAGGUGUCGUCCACCCUGAGCAACCAUGUCGGACAAGAUGUCCAGUUUCCUCCAUAUUGGGGACAUUUGUUCCCUGUAUGCAGAGGGUUCCACCAGUGGAUUUAUUAGCACUUUAGGGCUUGUGGAUGACCGUUGUGUGGUACAACCCGACACAGGUGACCUCAACAACCCACCCAAGAAAUUCAGAGACUGCCUUUUCAAACUGUGUCCUAUGAACAGAUACUCGGCACAGAAACAGUUCUGGAAGGCGGCAAAACCUGGAGGCAACAGCACCACUGACACACUCCUCCUGACCAAACUCCACCACGCUGCUGACCUGGAGAAGAAGCAGAAUGAGUCUGAAAACCGCAAACUGCUGGGAAGCAUCAUCCAGUAUGGAAAUGUCAUUCAGUUGCUGCACCUGAAAAGCAAUAAAUACUUGACGGUGAACAAGCGCCUACCCGCUCUGCUGGAGAAGAACGCCAUGAGAGUGACUCUGGACUCGGCGGGAAACGAGGGAUCCUGGUUCUACAUCCAGCCCUUCUACAAGCUCCGAUCCCUGGGAGACAGUGUGGUGAUUGGAGAUAAAGUGGUUCUUAACCCAGUGAAUGCAGGACAGCCUCUACAUGCCAGCAGCCACCAGCUCGUGGACAACCCAGGAUGCAAUGAGGUUAAUUCAGUUAAUUGCAACACGAGCUGGAAAGUUGUUCUGUUCAUGAAAUGGAGCGACAACAAGGAAACAAUUCUCAAAGGGGGUGAUGUGGUGCGGUUGUUCCACGCAGAGCAGGAGAAGUUCCUCACAUGUGACGAUCACAGGAAGAAGCAGUAUGUUUUUCUCAGAACCACCGGCCGGCAGUCUGCCACCUCUGCCACCAGCAGCAAAGCGUUGUGGGAAGUAGAGGUGGUCCACCAUGACCCAUGCAGGGGAGGUGCAGGCUACUGGAACAGCCUGUUCAGGUUUAAACACUUGGCCACAGGAUGUUAUUUAGCUGCUGAGAUGGGUGAGGUGAACCAAGACUUUGAGGAGGAGAAUGCUGAGCAGCGUUCCUCUGUGGUGGACUUUACACCCUUUAAUUUCCAGCUGGAUGCAGAUAAUGAAGCACUGCGAGGUCGUCUGCGAGCUCCACAGGAGAAGAUCAUGUACACGCUGGUGCCUGUUCCCGAUGGCAUGGAUAUCUCCUCCAUCUUUGAACUGGAUCCUACCACGCUUAGAGGGGGGGACUCCAUGGUGCCCAGGAGCUCAUACGUGAGGCUAAGACACUUGUGCACAAACACGUGGGUCCACAGCACCAACAACCCUAUCGACAAAGAAGAGGAGAAACCUGUGAUGUUACAGAUCGGAACUUCAGGAGUAAAAGAAGACAAGGAAGCUUUCGCCAUCGUACCUGUGCCGCCAGCUGAAGUGCGUGAUUUAGAUUUAGCUAACGAUGCAAGUAAAGUGUUGGCGUCUAUUGCUGGCAAACUGGAAAAGGGAACCAUAACACAAAAUGAAAGGAGGUUUGUGACGAAGCUUCUUGAAGAUCUAGUAUUCUUCGUGGUGGACAUCCCCAACAGUGGGCAGGAUGUUCUGGACAUCAUGGUCAACAAACCCAACAGAGAAAGACAGAAACUCAUGAGAGAGCAGAAUAUUCUUAAACAGAUUUUCAAGCUCCUCCAAGCCCCUUUCACAGAUAGUGGUGAUGGUCCCAUGCUCCGAUUGGAAGAACUUGGAGACCAGCGGCACGCUCCUUUUAGACAUAUUUGCAGGCUUUGCUACAGAGUCUUACGCCAUUCCCAGCAAGAUUAUAGGAAGAACCAGGAAUACAUAGCCAAACAGUUCCGCUUCAUGCAGAAGCAGAUAGGUUAUGAUGUGUUGGCAGAGGACACAAUAACGGCUCUUCUCCACAACAACCGGAAGCUGCUGGAGAAACACAUCACCGCCGCUGAGAUAGACACAUUUGUCACUCUGGUGAGGAAGAACCAGGAACCGAGGUUUCUGGAUUACCUGUCCGAUCUCUGCGUGUCCAUGAAUAAGUCCAUCCCUGUGACCCAGGAGCUCAUCUGCAACGCAGUGCUGGACCCCACCAACGCUGACAUCCUCAUCGAGACCAAAUUGGUCCUGUCGAGAUUCGAGAUCGAGAUGACAACAAACGGGGAGAGCCCGGUGGAGGCAGAGGACGAAGAGGAGGUGUGGCUUUUUUGGAAAGACAACUGCAAGGAGAUCCGGAGCAAGAGCAUCAGGGAGUUGGCCCAGGAUGCAAAGGAGGGCCAGAAGGAGGAUCAGGAGGUGGUCAGCUACUACAGGUGUCAGCUGAACCUCUUUGCCCGCAUGUGUCUGGACCGUCAGUACCUGGCAAUCAACAAAAUCUCAGGACAGCUGGAUGUGGAUUUGAUCCUGCGCUGCAUGUCGGACGAGGACCUGCCCUACGACCUGCGGGCAUCUUUCUGCCGCCUCAUGCUGCACAUGCACGUGGACCGUGACCCUCAGGAGCAGGUCACGCCUGUCAAAUAUGCUCGACUUUGGUCCGAGAUUCCUUCCAAGAUCGCAAUCGAUGACUAUGACAACGAUGGAACCACCAGAGACGAGAUCAAAGAGCGUUUCUGCCUAACGAUGGAUUUUGUGGAGAACUACCUGAGAGAGGUGGUGUCGCAGAACAUUCCUUUCUCUGACAAAGAGAAAAACAAGCUCACCUUCGAGGUAGUAAACCUGGCGAGGAACCUCAUAUACUUUGGAUUCUACAACUUCAGCGACCUGCUUCGCUUGACUAAGAUCUUACUGAACAUUUUAGACUGUGUGCACGUCAGCACCAUUUACCCCAUCAACAAGAUGGAGAAGGAAGAGGAAAACAAAGCUGGCAGCAAUGUGAUGAAGUCCAUCCAUGGAGUGGGGGAGCUGAUGACCCAGGUGGUGCUGCGAGGAGGCGGCUUGUUGCCGACCACGCCAACUCAUCAGCCGGAGGGAGACGUGGUCAAGACCCAGACUGAACCUGAGAGAGAAGACAUCAUGGUCAUGGACACGAAGCUCAAGAUCAUUGAGAUUCUGCAGUUUAUUUUGAAUGUGCGGUUAGAUUAUAGAAUCUCCUGCCUGCUCUGUAUAUUCAAACGUGAGUUUGAUGAGAACAACCCACAAGGAGACAACGCUGCCGGUCCGAACUUAACCAAUAACGUCACAGGUCCGAUGCCAGGAAAUCUGGACUUUGAGAACAUCGAGGAACAGGCAGAGGGGAUCUUUGGAGGAAGUGAGGAGAACACUCCACUAGACCUGGAUGACCACGGUGGUCGUACCUUCCUCAGGGUCCUGCUGCACCUGACCAUGCAUGACUACCCCCCUCUCGUGUCUGGAGCGCUCCACCUGCUCUUCAGACACUUCAGCCAGAGGCAGGAGGUUCUCAUGGCUUUCAAACAAGUCCAGCUGCUGGUGACCAGUCAAGAUGUGGACAACUACAAGCAGAUAAAGACAGAUCUGGACCAACUGCGCUCUAUCGUGGAGAAGUCCGAGCUGUGGGUGUACAAGAGGCAGGGAGAGGAUGGGAUGGACGGAGAUGGACCUUCAGAGUCUGACAACAGAAAGAAGGAAGAGUCACUUUGUUCUGACCAAAAGAAGUCAGAAAGCACCAGCAGCUACAACUACAGGGUUGUAAAAGAGAUCCUGCUGCGCCUCAGUAAGCUGUGUGUCCAGGAGGGGAGCUCGGGGAGGAAGAGUAAGAAGCAGCAGCAGAGGCUGCUGAGGAACAUGGGAGCUCACAGUGUGGUACUUGAGCUCCUGCAGAUCCCAUACGAGAAGGGCGAGGACGUCCGAAUGCAGGAGAUCAUGAAAACAGCUCAUGAGUUUCUGCAGAACUUCUGUGCAGGGAAUCAGCAGAACCAGACUCUUCUCCACAAACACAUCAACUUGUUUCUCAACCCAGGGAUUUUGGAGGCAGUGACCAUGCAGCACAUCUUCAUGAAUAACUUCCAGCUGUGCAGUGAGAUCAAUGAGCGCGUGGUUCAACACUUUGUCCACUGCACUGAGAGUCAUGGCCGUCACGUCCAGUAUCUGAAGUUCCUGCAGACCAUAGUGAAGGCCGAGAACAAGUUCAUCAAGAAGUGUCAGGACAUUGUCAUGGCUGAGCUGGUGAACUCAGGCGAGGACGUUCUGGUUUUCUACAACGACCGCGCCUCCUUUCAAACACUCGUCCAGAUGAUGCGCUCAGAGCGGGACCGCAUGGAUGAAAACAGCCCGCUGAUGUACCACAUCCACCUGGUGGAGCUGCUGGCCGUCUGCACUGAGGGCAAGAACGUGUACACUGAGAUCAAGUGCAACUCCCUGCUGCCCCUGGAUGAUAUUGUGCGGGUGGUCACCCAUGAAGACUGCAUCCCUGAAGUUAAAAUCGCCUACAUCAACUUCCUCAACCACUGCUACGUCGACACAGAGGUGGAGAUGAAGGAGAUUUACACGUCCAACCACAUGUGGAAACUGUUUGAGAACUUCCUGGUGGACAUCUGCAGGGUUUGCAACAACACCAGUGACAGGAAGCAUGCGGACACCAUGCUGGAGCGUUAUGUAACCGAGACGGUCAUGAGCAUUGUCACAUGUUUCUUCAGCUCUCCUUUCUCUGACCAGAGCACAAGCCUGCAGAUGGCUCACUACAUGUAUGCCAGCAUUCUUGGAAAGAUAUCUGAGACUCGUCAGCCAGUGUUUGUACAGUUGCUUCAGGGAGUGUUCAGGGUUUACCACUGUAACUGGCUGAACCCUGUCCAGAAGGCCUCAGUGGAGGCUUGCAUUAAAGUUCUCUCAGACGUGGCUAAAAGCCGAGCCAUUGCUAUCCCAGUUGACCUGGACAGCCAGGUGAACAACCUGUUUGUCAAGUCCAAUAAUGUCGUACAGAAGACCAUCCUCAACUGGAGGCUGUCGGCCAAGAACAUGUCGAGACGAGACUCAGGCCUCACCACCUCCAAAGACUACAGAAACAUCAUAGAGAGGCUGCAGGACAUAGUGUCAGCACUGGAGGACCGUCUGAGGCCUCUGGUCCAAGCUGAGCUCUCGGUGCUCGUGGACGUCCUCCAUCGUCCAGAGCUCCUCUUCCCUGAGAACACAGACACCCGCAAGAAAUGUGAGAGCGGAGGAUUCAUAUCAAAGCUGAUCAAACACACCAAGCAGUUGCUGGAGGAGAACGAGGAGCGUCUGUGCAUCAAAGUGCUGCAGACGCUGAGGGAGAUGAUGACAAAAGACCGGGGCUACGGGGAGAAGCUGAUUGCCUUUGAUGAUGAGAUGGAUGUGGCUGAGCUGGCACCUCCGCCCGAGCCCGACGUCCCUGCCGAGGAGCUUGAUCCCAACCAGCCUCAGAAGCAACUGGAGGAUCAGAGGAGGGGAGAAGCUCUGCGGCAGAUCCUGGUGAAUCGAUACUAUGGGAAUGUCAAACCUGGCCAGAGGAGAGAUAGCCUCACAACCUUCAGCCACGGUCCGCUCGCCUCCGGAGCACAGGGAAAAUCCCCUACAGUUGUCAGCCCCGGGGUCGGAGGUCGUGGGGACCUGAGCUUGGCGGAGGUGCAGUGCCAUCUGGACAAAGAGGGGGCGUCUGAUCUCGUCAUUGACCUAAUCAUGAACGCCACCAGCGACCGGAUCUUCCAGGAGAGCAUACUGUUGGCCAUCGCACUGCUGGAGGGUGGAAACACCGUCAUCCAGCGGUCAUUGUUCCAUCGUCUGACAGGAGACAACAAGUCAGAGAAAUUCUUUAAGGUGUUUUAUGAGCGCAUGAAACUGGCGCAGCAGGAAAUCAAAGCCACCGUAACGGUCAACACCAGUGACCUGGGCAGUAAGAAAAAGGACGAGGAGCUGCCAGACAAAGACGUGCCAACACGCAAGAAAGUCAAAGAUGUAGCGGUGGUGGCCGUGGUGACCGAGGAGGUGAAGGAGCAGCUGGUGGAGGCCUCCGCCGUCACCAAGAAGGCCUUCACAACCUACCGCCGCGAGGCUGAAGCCGAAGAGCACCAGGCUGCUGCCGAAGGCACGCCUGUCCCGACCGUCGACAAGGGCCAGGAAGAGGGCGAGAUGAGCGUCAUCAUCACCAUCAUGCAGCCCAUCCUACGCCUCAUGCAGCUGCUUUGUGAAAACCACAACAGAGAUCUGCAGAACUUUCUGCGUAACCAGAACAACAAAAACAACUAUAACCUGGUGUGCGAGACGCUGCAGUUCCUGGACUGUAUCUGCGGUAGCACGACGGGAGGACUGGGGCUGCUGGGACUUUACAUCAAUGAGAAGAACGUCGGCCUCAUCAACCAGACCGUGGAGAGCUUGACCGAGUACUGCCAAGGUCCCUGUCAUGAGAACCAGAACUGCAUCGCCACUCAUGAGUGCAACGGCAUCGACAUCAUCAUCGCUCUCAUCCUCAACGACAUCAACCCCCUCGGCAAGAAGAGGAUGGACCUGGUGCUGGAACUCAAAAAUAAUGCUUCCAAGCUUCUUCUUGCAAUCAUGGAGAGUCGCCAUGACAGCGAGAACGCCGAGAGGAUCCUGUACAACAUGAGGCCUAAAGAGCUGGUGGAGGUGAUAAAAAAGGCCUACAUGCAGGGGGAGAUCGAGGUGGAGGAGCCACAGGAGGGUGAGGAUGGCGAGGAGGAGCACUCGGCGUCCCCACUGAACGUCGGCCAUAAUAUCUACAUCUUGGCACAUCAAUUAGCGCGUCACAACAAGGAGCUGCAGGCCAUGUUGAAGCCGGGGGGGACGUACGGAGAGGGCGACGAGGCACUCGAGUUCUACGCCAAACACACGGCUCAGAUCGAGAUCGUGCGACUCGAUCGCACCAUGGAGCAGAUCGUCUUUCCUGUCCCGAACAUCUGCGAGUUCCUCACCCAAGAGUCCAAGCUGCGCGUCUACUACACCACUGAGCGGGACGAGCAGGGCAGUAAGAUCAAUGACUUCUUUCUGAGCUCCGAGGACCUGUUCAAUGAGAUGAACUGGCAGAAGAAGCUGCGAGGCACUCAAGAGGCCACUGGUAACACCAACACGGUUCCCUCCCAGCCCAUCUUGUACUGGUGCUCCAGGAACAUGUCUUUCUGGAGCAGCAUCUCCUUCAACCUGGCUGUGCUCAUGAACCUGCUCGUGGCUUUCUUCUACCCUCUGGAGGGCAUCCGCGGAGGAACCCUGGAGCCACAUCUGUCGGCCCUGCUGUGGAUGGCCAUGCUGGUGUCUCUGGCUAUAGUCAUCGUCUUACCUCAGCCUCACGGCAUCCGGGCGCUCAUCGCCUCCACCAUCCUGCGCUUGAUCUUCUCUGUCGGCCUGGAGCCCACUUUGCUCCUGCUGGGUGGUUUCAAUUUAUGUAAUAAGGUCAUCUUCCUGAUGAGCUUCGUUGGCAACCGGGGAACCUUCACACGAGGCUACAGAGCCAUGAUCAUGGAUGUGGAGUUCCUGUAUCACCUCCUCUACCUGAUCAUCUGCAGCCUGGGGGUGUUCGUCCAUGUCUUCUUUUACAGCUUGCUGCUCUUCGAUCUAGUUUACAGAGAAGAGACCUUGCUGAACGUAAUAAAGAGCGUGACCCGCAACGGCCGCUCCAUUGUCCUGACAGCCGUGCUGGCUCUCAUCCUCGUCUACCUCUUCUCCAUUGUGGGCUACAUCUUCUUCAAAGACGACUUCAUUUUGGCUGUCGACAGAAUACCCAACAAAACACUGGAGCAUGGAGCCAGUAUGGUGGGAGAGUUCUUUUCUGGUGGAGCGUGUCAGAAAGAAAACAGAGAAAACUGCUCAGAGGCCCUGGUGGAUGCUCCCAUUGCCAUCCAGCCGUCAGCGGUGGUCAUCGAGGACAAGGAGCGAUCCUGUGACUCCUUACUCAUGUGCAUUGUCACAGUAUUGAGUCACGGCCUCAGGAGUGGAGGAGGUGUUGGAGACGUCCUGCGGAAGCCGUCCAAAGAGGAACCUCUUUUUGCAGCCCGAGUGAUCUACGAUCUACUCUUCUUCUUCAUGGUCAUCAUCAUCGUCCUCAACCUCAUCUUCGGUGUCAUCAUCGACACGUUUGCUGACCUGAGGAGCGAGAAGCAGAAGAAAGAGGAGAUCCUGAAGACGACGUGUUUUAUCUGCGGUUUGGAGAGAGACAAGUUUGACAAUAAGACCGUCACCUUUGAAGAGCACAUCAAAGUUGAGCACAACAUGUGGCACUACCUGUUCUUCAUCGUCCUGGUGAAGGUCAAAGAUUCGACGGAGUACACUGGCCCGGAGAGCUAUGUGGCAGAAAUGAUCAGGGAUCACAACUUGGACUGGUUCCCACGGAUGCGGGCCAUGUCCUUGGUCAGCAGCGAUGCAGACGGGGAGCAGAAUGAGAUCAGGAACCUGCAGGAGAAGCUGGAGUCCACCAUGAAGCUGGUGUCCAACCUGUCGGGCCAGUUGACGGAGCUCAAAGAGCAGAUGACAGAACAGAGGAAGCAGAAGCAGCGGAUCGGCCUGUUGGGGCACCCUCAGCACAUGAACGUCAACCCCCAGCAGCCUGCGUAAGGUCAACUGACGCGCCUCUGAAGCAGCUCGCCGCCGACUCUGUGUCACAGCCACUCAGAGGCACGUACACUGUACUGAGUGUGAGUUUAACUUAGAAUGGUAGGGAACCACUGUAACGUAUAGGUAGACAUAAGGCGAUGUGUAGCUCCGUCCCAUGCACGUGUUACUACGCGGAGUAACAUUCACCCACCUCGUUCUGUUCAGUCCAGUCACACUUUGUGCCAAAUGUUUUCUGUGUAGAAAUAAAUGGGGAUUCCUCAACCCAUGGCCUUUAACUUGAAACAUGGUGGAGCAGACUGGACAGGAGGAAUUACACCCAUUUCUUUGUCAUUUUAUUUGAAUGUUUUCUAUUUAUAUUUCGGUCAUAAUGAGCAGUAUUACAUGUCUUAUUUUCAUGCAUUUUUGUGCAAUAUAUUAACUUAAAUAUGCAACCUCGCUGGUGUGUGGAUUUAAGUUCCAUCAGUCAUUCCUUACUUCAGCCGUGGGCCAACGUUUUUGUUUGUACUUUACUGUCACUGGAUAAAGUAGGGAGUUGUCAGUUGUCUUUACUUACGCAAAUAUAGAGAAAAUAUUGAAUAAGCUGGCCUUCUCAAUUUUACUUUUUUCUUUCUUGAAAAUGUGCAUACUUCUGGAGUGUCACCUGCACUCGAUAGUAAAUUGUAUGAGAGCAAUAUAUACAGAUAGUUUCUGCAGAUCCAGUGGUGUCACAUCUCUGUGCAUCUUAAUAGAUUUACUUUCUUAUUUAAUUGACAUUUAGAAUAUUUGACCUGUCUGUCAGAUACAGUGUCACUCAUGCUUUAACAAUUUGCUCAGGAGUUGCGUAUAUUUUACUUUGAUGAACAUCCUUAGCGCCAUUUCUCACUUGUGCCUGCCGUCCCUCAUUUGAAGUCUGAUUCAUGCUUGUGCCGAGUCUCUUUUCUCUUUUUAUGCUCAUGUUCACUAAUAUGUAUUAGUUGAUUUAGAAGUCUCUCUUUUUUGGGGACUACUGUGUGUACAUAAUAUUUGUUGCUUACUUUUGCUUUUGUAUAGAAAAAUGAGAUGGAGAGAAACAACUUUGGCUCAAAAUGAAUGUUAACAUGAAUUAAAAAUGUAAGAACUGUCAAUUUGUAUAUUAAAGUAGGAUUAUUUAUUAAAAUUGAUGUAAUUAUCCUUUACUCAUUGUGAUGUCUGUUUAUUAUAAGAAAGUCUCCAUAUAUAGUAAACUAAUAAUGCUCUUUGUUUAAAAAUGUUUAACAGUUUAUUUAUACAACCAUUCAGUGAUCAGCGGAUCCAACAUGAGUCCUACUGGUGUUGUAGAAUUAUCAUAAGCCAGUAAAAUUGAUGGGCAUACCAUAGACAGCAUGUAAAUAUCCCCAAUAGGAUAUAUAUGUAUAUCAAUGUAUAUUUGGACAAUAAUAUCAGCAGAUAUGAGCCUUGAGAUGAGACAUAUCGGUUUCAGCAUUUAUGUUUGCCAAUAUGAAAACUUUUAUUUCACAAAAUAAACAAUGCAAAAGA